UAUAUGUCAGAGGAAGCAAUGAGUCGAGUUGAUUCUUGUUUACAUGCUUAAUGUUUAUUAUUAUUAGUUUUACGUUGUAAUUACUUUUAUAAUUCCUAACUUUAUUUUAUCUUGUUUGUAACGUUUUUCUAUAACUUUAAAACCUUUCAUAAAAAUAAACUGUAAUAAAAGGUCCCAUAACUGUAAAUCACGUAGGCAGCGACCAAUCAGAGCAGAGCGUCUUGUCUCGAGCGUGGUCGAGGCGCCAUCUUCACUUUGGAGAAAGCUUGUAUUGUGGUGUGACGCAUUUUGUAUUUUGUGAGCAUAAAAACGUAUCGAGUUGGAUCGUUGGAUAAUUUGGAUAUAGUUAAAGUGAGAUUGGUGCACCGAACUCGCUGCUCGGUCUAAACUGUUGUAUUCCUACAAUAUUACCGUGGAAUAACAAAAUAUUGUAUAAACUGAAUUAAACUACUGAUAAAACGGCAUCCAUUGUGUUUUGUGCUCGCACUUUAACCCCAUGACGCCCACUAAGCCCGCAGCCACUAAUGGCGAUGUCGACGAGGAGAGCCUUUCCCCGACAUCAGAAGUGGGAUCGGUGCAGGCACAAAACGUGAACGGACAGAUAACAGCAAAUGAUGGGUGGCGUGCUUUAUUUGAAGCACAACAAACCAGCAUGAAGCUACUCGUGGAGGCUUUGACUAAACCACCGAAUCUUGAGGAUAAAAACAUCACGCUGCCUAAGUUUCAACCGGAUGAUGCAAACACUGACGCCCGCGCCUGGCUGGCCACGGCGGACAUUUGCUUAUCGGAUCGUGAGAUACAGGGAAGUAAAUUAAUUCUCAUUCUUAGUAAGGCUAUGAAAGGGUCGGCUGCAACAUGGUUUUCUCAAAUCGUUUUUCCUAAUAUGAAAUGGGUAGAAUUUAAGGAAAUUUUUAUUUCUCGAUUCGUUACGUUAGAAACAUGUGCAGCGACGUUAUUGAAGAUGCUUAGUGGUAAACCACAAGAAGGUGAAUGUCUUGCUGCAUAUGCAAGCCGUUUAUUUACCUUACUCAUGUCACGAUGGAGUAAUUUAGAAAAGGAAGAAAUGGUGGUGUCUUUAAUACUUGCACACAUGGGACAAAUUGAGCCACGGUUACAACGCAAUAUUUUUGCGGAAGAAAUAACAACCCGCUGUAAAAUGCAACGCGAACUAAUGGCUUUUUCUUAUCGCAAACGGAGCUACCAAGAGAUGACAAAAGCCGUUGCAAGCAAUACGCACGAUAACAAACUUCCUAAAUUAAGUUCUGGUUCAACAAAAUGUUACGCUUGUGGAAAGCUUGGCCAUAAAUCUAAUGAAUGUUUCAGUCGAUCGCAUGAAAAACAGCAAACAGCUCCGAUCUUUGAACACCCUGACACAGUUGAGGGUAAGCGUGCCCCUGUGACUUGCUACAAGUGUGGUGUUGAAGGUCAUGCGGCAUCGCGGUGCUCAAAAACAUGGUCAGUUGCAAGUAAUAGUGCACAACCCACCGUCGCACCCAGCGUCGUGAAGCGGGUGAACGUGUGUUGUAUGAAACCUGUCACCGGGAUAAUUACACAAUUUGAUAGCGAUGAUGCACGGCCUUCAACAUCACACGAGGACGUGUGAUAUGUCAGGACGGCCGUGUCAGAGGAAGCAAUGAGUCGAGUUGAUUCUUGUUUACAAGCUUAAUGUUUAUUAUUAUUAGUUUUACGUUGUAAUUACUUUUAUAAUUCCUAACUUUAUUUUAUCUUGUUUGUAACGUUUUUCUAUAACUUUAAAACCUUUCAUAAAAAUAAACUGUAAUAAAAGGUCCCAUAACUGUAAAUCACGUAGGCAGCGACCAAUCAGAGCAGAGCGUCUUGUCUCGAGCGUGGUCGAGGCGCCAUCUUCACUUUGGAGAAAGCUUGUAUUGUGGUGUGACGCAUUUUGUAUUUUGUGAGCAUAAAAACGUAUCGAGUUGGAUCGUUGGAUAAUUUGGAUAUAGUUAAAGUGAGAUUGGUGCACCGAACUCGCUGCUCGGUCUAAACUGUUGUAUUCCUACAAUAUUACCGUGGAAUAACAAAAUAUUGUAUAAACUGAAUUAAACUACUGAUAAAACGGCA